AUGGUAUCAUCAUUUUUCGAUGGGCACGUAGGUGCCGCUUGGAUGCCUUGGAAAAGACCAGCCGAAUUUCUGGCUAUAUCUCUUUCACCCAUUCUCAUGGCUAGGUACUUGACAAUCGUCAUCCCAUCCAUCUACUAUGGAUCCAUAUUUGCGUGGUCUGUCGGAAUCACCAUUGUCAUGCCGCAAAAGUCCGAAGCGCCCCCUUACAAUUUUGCAGUCAUUCCCCUCGGUGCUGCAUUCUUAGCAUUUGGACUCGGAGGUGUUCUAGGUAAAUGGUCAGGCGGGAUUGUAGGAGACAAAGUCGUAUCAUAUAUGGCGAAGAGACAAGGUCGCCGAGAGCCCGAGCAUCGUCUAUGGGCACUUGUAAGUCUCCAUGGCACUCAGCUCCCGAUCCUUCCCUUUAUGUUCGUGGGAUGCCUCAUUGUAGGCCUAGUAGUGAAAUUACAACUCCAUUGGAUUGCCUAUCUCUUUGGUGGUGGUCUAUUUUUCUUCUGUCUGUCCGCUGCUACUGGGUUGCUACAAACGUGUGUCCUUGAAGGCUACCUCUCCAAAUCGAUGGACACCCAAGCUGUGUUUGUUAUCUUCAUGUCCAUUUGGGGAUUUGCAAUCGCAUUCUUCGUGUAUCAUUGGGGAGAGGAGCACGGUUCCCUAUCUGAAUACAUCGUUCAAGGUGCUCUCGAAUCGGGCGUAGGUACCAUACUAUGUGCCGUUUUUAUCCUCAAAGGUAGAUCGAUCCGCAAAUGGCAAGGCAUGCCGAUAGCCAGCAAUUAG